AUGGUGGUUCUCUUCCUCUUAGCAGCUUUGCUGCAAGAGCCAGUCUCAAGUACCUUGUACGGCUCCAGGUUUUUGACAGGGAAGGUUGGAGGAUCAGUCACCCACCAGUGCUUCUACUCCACCACACCAGCCAACAAACACGACCGAAAAUAUUGGUGCAAAGAGUCAGGAAGCGGUGUUUGCUACACCGUCAUCUCCACAACCGGCUACACCUCAAAGGACCACACGGGACGGGUGUCCCUGGAGGACAUCCCCCAGAACGGCACCUUCUCGGUGACCCUGACAGGGCUGAAAAAGAACGACACGGGGACCUACCGCUGCGGCAUCGGCGUCACCAACAGAGCCCUGUACGUCAGCCUGAACCUGACGGUUUCAGCAGAUGCCCGUGCAGUGGGACCAACCGAGCUUGUCUGGGGGCAGCUCCGUGGCUCCAUCACCAUCCUGUGCCCACCUGGGGACACCCAAGGUGGCGAGAAGAGGUUCUGGUGCAAACUGGGGCGAACCGGCUGCAUUCUCAUAGCCGACACCAAUGGCUACGUGGGAAGGAGUUACGAAGGACGAAUCGUUAUCAUUCCUCAGGAGAGCUCUGGAGCUUUCAAAAUCUUGAUAAAUGACUUAAAAAAGGAAGAUUCAGGGCUGUACAGGUGUGGAAUGGGAAGGCUGAACGGUCAGGACAGUCCGUGGGUGGUGGCUCUGCAGGUGACCACAGCCUCCACCCUUCCCAAGAGACCGAAAUUCCUCAGCGGCACAGUCGGAGGCUCGCUGUCCUUGAAGUGCCACUAUGAUCCCAAGGAGAAUUACGAGAAGAAGUAUUUGUGCAGGUGGAGGGAAGGCAGCUGCUUGCUGCUUGUGGAUGCAGAUGGGUUUGUACACGAGGCGUACGAAGGGCGAAUACAAAUAACCAGCAACGACCAGGAACGUGGGACUUACACGGUUGUGAUGAGCCACCUGAGAGAAGAGGACGCAGGAUGGUACUGGUACGGGGCUAGAAACGGGCACGCGGAGCACACGUCCUCUGUGAAGCUGCGCAUCCAGAAGGCUGUUGGCAAGUAG